AUGGGAUUGGGCUGCUCGGUGGACGUGGCGCGAGCGGCCGUUUGCGAGUCCUGCAACUGCGUUGACGACUCCUUCGAGGUCGGAAGCCGCGUCUGGGCGCAAGGUUGCUUCAGCCGGUCCUCUCUGGACAGCCGGGAUGAGGGUGUCUUCGAUCAUCCGCAUCCACUCCUGUGCCGAAGCCAUGAGGAUGACACCCCGCGUGGUCCGACUCCUCCUUGGGCCGUACACAACACUGAGUGCGAGCCUGUGGACAAGACCUCCACCGGCGCCACGCCACCCAGGAUGCUGGUCGCAAUUCGCUGCUCGCCCCCCGGGCUGCCUGAGGAGCUGGAUCAGAGUCACAAUCAGCCUGGGCUGCUAGUCGCCUUGGGCGCUGGUUUUUGUCGUGACCUGUUUCGUGCUGCCCGAACUGGAAAUGAUGAAUUGCUGGAGAAGCUGAUCAAGAACGCCUACACGAGCUGUGUGAGACGCGGUGGCAGUGGCGACUUGGAUGACGGGACUGCCGAGGACACUGACACUGCUGUCCGGUUCCGGGACUGUCGUCCCCGGCCUGACGCGAGAAUGUGCGAUGCUGUAGCCAGCAUGUCCGGGACAGUUCCGGGACACAUUCUGCCAAAC